UCGUCAGCGACCCCGAUUCAAUGCACCCUAGAGACGUUCGACAUUGGCCAGUGUCCUCCAUAUGUGGCUCUCUCGUAUACAUGGGGGCCACCCGAGGUAUGUGAGACUGUCAUCAUCAACGGAAGGCCGAUGCAGGUUCGUGAAAACCUUCACGCGGUACUCUCGGUUCUUAGGAACAAAGGGAACACCUGCUUCUCCGAGGAUGCAACUCGGGAGAGGAACCUUGUGCGUCAACACUUCUGGAUCGACGCUAUCUGCAUUAAUCAGCAGGACCUGCACGAGCGCGGCCACCAGGUGGAUCUGAUGGCACCCAUCUUCUCCCAGGCUGCCUGUGUCAUCGCAUGGCUCGGUCCUGAGUCCAGGGACUCGGCCCUCGCGAUCAAUGUGAUCCGGACAGGAAAUCCUCGAACAGUAGACGAAGUCCAGGUCGACCAGAAGGUCUACGUCAAUGAAUACAGCCGGGACCGCCACAGAAUACGAAGUGCCCUCUUCUCGCUCCUGGCUCGACCGUAUUGGCGGCGCAUGUGGAUUGUGCAGGAGUUUACACUACCCCGCAACUUGCUACUC